AUGGCCUCUUCCUCGUUGAAUGUUGUCGUUAUGGAGCAAUCUGAAACCGUCUCGCUUACGGCUGCCAUUGCCAGGAAAAGCUUUGACAAGCAGUCACUCGUGCCCUCAGAUUCACUGGUCUCAUCCGCCAACAAUGAAGAGUCUUCCCUGCAGGUUUACAGCUCAAACCAAAUGAAAUUGCUGCUAGAUCAUGCCCGCAAGGUCAUUGUCGACAUGCGAGAACAUAUCAUGGCCAUGGAUCAAAUAGAACUUCGAAACCAACAAGGUGCCAUGCCAACAUACGAUCAACUGGUCUUGAAAUUAGAAAACAUAUUCACCCAACAACGCAUCGUAAAUGCUGAAUCCGCUCGUCUCAUGUCUGUAAACUAUCUCGUCCACCUCGGCAACUUUGCCAGGAAUCGUCAACUAGCGAAAAUUGUCGCAAAGGGGCGCAAGCAAGUCCUAGAAUUGCAAAACACUGUCCAAGCUUUGGAAGUCAAUGUCGACGAAAUAUCUACUGAAAUGGAGGUGCAGAAAGAACAAGCCAAUAGAUUCGCUGAAAGCUUGAAUAAUACCCAAAAGCUGAUGGAGAGCACCUUGGCAGAGUAUCGUGAAGAGCUCAAGCGACAGGAUGAGGAAUUGAAAAAACAGCAAAAGCUGGUUGGAGCAAUGAAUAAGACGCGCUUCAAUCAGGACUUUAUUGUCGAUUCUGUCAUAUUUUUGAUUUCAUUGUGGGCGGUCAACACCAUGGUUGUCGAUUUACCUAUUGCAGCUGCAACUACUGCAAUUCGUGGCUCAAACAGGAGGCGAGUAGCUGUCAAACAGGGAACAAAGGUGCUAUUGUUUAUAUUGAUGAUUUGGAGAUUAAAGGCUCUUGCCAAGGGUUAUGGACUUCACAACAGUGUCGGAGCAUUUGUGCCGUAUGUUUUUAGCAUUUUAUUCCAGCUGCAUCAGGGAGCUACGUGGACAGCCCAAACUCUCUCCUAUCCCUUUCAGCCACGAACCACUACUGUUGUUACGGUGCGAUAG